AUGAAGAAGGGACAACUCCUUUGAUAUAUGCAGCAUGUUUUGGGCAUGAAUCUGUUGCCUACACCUUAUUGGAGGCUGGAGCAAAAGUGGAUGCCAAAGAUAGGUUCGGUUGGACUCCAUUGAUGUGGGCAACUAAUAACAACCACGAUCCAACGGUUCGGUUGUUUUUGGAUCGUGGCGCUGAUGCAGGUGCCAAGUCGGUAAAAGGUAGAACAGUAUUUGAUUUCAUCCCAUCUGAAAACCCCAAAAUCGCCGAAAUCUUCAUACAAAAUCCUCAGCGUGAAAGCUGGUCAAGUGUUGGCAGCAUUAGCCGCUGGUCAUUCUGUAGUGAAGCAGAAAACAGAUUAGUAGAAAAGCUUGCCGAGGCAGAAAUGGAAAAGAGGAUGUUGGCGGAGAGUUCAUUGAAUUUGGAUGUAGACUUAGCAAGUCUAGGAUUCGAGGAACCAGAGCCUGAAGAGGAAGAAGAUGGACCCGCGGAGUUCUUAUGGAAUACCUGCUUACCAGAUCAAAUGUUUGUAUUUUCGCAUGAGGACAUACCGCACAUCCUCAAAACUGUUGUUACAAAUAUGCAACCCAUUCGAAACAAAGGACAAAAGCCUGUUCCAGCAAAUGUUUUAUUUUUAAGUGCAAGGUUUGCGCAUUAUUUUAGUAGUCCCGAACUGUUGGAGUCACUCUUAUUUGAAGUGAUCAAUGCAAUAGAUCAUGCAGUUAAAACAAAGCCUGACGAUAUGACACUUCUAGCAUUUUGGAUUUCAAAUUGUACAUUAUUGUUAUACUACCUAAAAAAAGAUACUGGCCUUGCUGUCGCCACAGUAGAAUAUCAAUUAAGGAUCUCGGAGCAACUUCAUGAAAUAUAUGUGCUUUUAAUAAAAGAUGCUCAAAAAAGAAUUGAAAAGGUAUUGGAAGCUUCGAUGUUGGAAUACGAUACUAUUCCUGGAAUGGACGAUGUCCGAUUUGAAGGAGAGUGGCAAUUUAUUAGAACUUUUAUACGAAGAUCAAAAAGCCCACCACAAACAGGUUAUAACACACCGACGAAAAAAUCUGGAUCUAAUUUAAGAAGGAGUUCCUCAACUUCUAUGGUGCCUCCUUUCCGCACACCUUCAUCUCCACGACAAAGAAGCGCUCCGUCACCCCGCAAUAUUACCUCACUUUUGUCUUCAACGCUCUUCAUCCUUCAAACUUACGAAAUUCAUCCAAUGAUUGUAGAACAGGCUCUUAGUCAGUUAUUCUAUUAUAUUUCUUGUGAACUCUUUAACAGAAUUCUUUCUCGCAAGAAAUAUCUAUGUCGGUCGAAAGCAAUGCAAAUUCGACUUAAUGUUUCUGCUCUUGAAGAUUGGGUCCGCACAAAUAAUCUACCAUUGACCCUAAUAACACAUUUCCAGCCUCUGAUUCAACUUUUGCAGUUACUAAUGUGUUGGUCUCAAAUGACCGAUUUUGCAAUUUUAGUGCAAACAACUAAAGAACUUAAUCUUAUCAACCCGGCACAGCUUAAGCGAGUUAGUAAAAAUUAUAGAUAUGAAGUUAACGAGCCAAGGAUAACUGAAGAAUGUCAACAAUAUAUUCUUCAAUUGGAGGAAGAUACAGAACGACGAAAGAAACGUUAUUCCACUGAGAGCAUAAGGAGUGACCGAAGUGAUGCAUCAAGUAUUAUCUUCCUAACGGUAUCACCUUCGCUACCUCCAUGCGCUGGACCAAAUUGGGAAGAUGAUGAUGAUUUAAUGGAGAUGAAGGAUAGCGAGUUACUGCUGCCAUUUGCAAUACCAACGAGCACUGAAAUGUUGGCAAACUAUGGUGGUAAAGAGAAAGGAAGCGAAUUCAUACCCUUGGUUCCUGAUGAAUGGAUGGAAAAAUUGGAUGUCGGAAUGCGACAUGGCACAUGUGGUGUCGUCGAGGAGCUCACAUCAAAAUGGGAGGCCGAAUAUGAUGAUGAUGAGGAAGAAAAUGGCGAGGAAGAAGCACAAGAUACAAAUGAUGUAUCCAUCGAUACUUAG